GUAUUAAUAUAUUUUUCCUGAGACUUGCGUAUGUUACUGAGUAACACCGCCUGUAUUCGAGGUUAUCAUAAAUACUGGUUAACUGCCUUAUCUUAAGGGCUUAAUUUCAUGAACCUGCAAUCGCAAUCCCACCCCACCCCCCAUACACACACGCAGGCGUGAAUCCUGACGUCUGACUCGUCUGCGGCUGUACUCGAGUUCAUGUUGCGGGGGUCUCGGUCGGCGCUGGGGUGUCAUCGGGCUGUUAUGAGGGGACGGCGCUGCCUCCGUCAUGCACUUUCAGACGCCGUUAACCGGUUAACGGAGCGAAAACCGUCCGACGACGUGACGCGCGCUGUUUUGCACACUGUAACGUGAAGAUGGCGAGGCUGCUCCGCGGCUUGCUCAUGUUUACGUUCACGUUAACGGGCAAAAUCAAAGGCAUCGGCUUCUGGUCCCUGAUCUACGGCUAUUGUGCGCUGUGCACCUGCUGUGUGCUGCUUAAACUUUGCUGGAGCGCGAUCGCGAGGCCGUCUCGGGCGUUUCAUUGGAAAAUCCGGGAGACUGCGCCUGCCUGCCUCAACGACACGUCCUUGGGAACCCACUGUUAUGUCAAAAUAAAGGAAUCUGGCCUGAGAUUCCACUACGUAGCCGCAGGAGAGCGGGGAAAACCUCUCAUCCUGUUUCUCCACGGUUUCCCCGAGUUCUGGUUCUCAUGGCGUCACCAGCUCAGGGAGUUCAAGAGUGAAUUCCGGGUGGUGGCCGUAGACAUGAGAGGCUACGGCGAGUCAGACCAGCCCACAUCCACCGACAGCUACCGCAUGGACUACCUGCUGACCGACAUCAAGGACGUGAUGGAGUGUCUGGGCUAUAACAGAUGCUUCCUUGUGGGCCACGACCUGGGUGGCUUCGUGGCCUGGCUGUUCGCCAUCCACUACCCCGAGAUGGUGACCAAGCUCAUCGUCCUGAACUGCCCCCACCCCUCUGUGUUUGCAGAUUACACCCCCCGACACCUCAGCCAGUUGGUCAAGUCCAGCUACAUGUUCUUCUUCCAGUUGCCCCGCCUUCCCGAGCUGGUCUUCUCCAUGCACGACUUCAAGGCUCUGAAAAGCCUGUUCACCAGCAGCAGGACUGGGAUUGGCCGGAAGGGCAGCGGGCUGACCAAUGAGGAUGUGGAAGCGUACCUGUACUACUUUUCCCAGCCUGGGGCCCUCACAGGUCCCCUCAACUAUUACAGGAACAUGUUCAGCUCGCCGGCCCUGAGGCGGAGGGACGUCCGGUGUCCCGUUCUGCUGCUCUGGGGAGAGCGGGACGCCUUCCUGGAGCAGGACAUGGCAGAGCAGUGCCGCCUCUACAUCCGGGGUCACUUCCGCCUUAACAUCAUCUCCGGGGCCAGCCACUGGCUGCAGCAGGACCAGCCCGACAUCGUCAACACGCUCAUCUGGACCUUCCUCAAGGAGGGCGAGAGCCGCAAGAACCACAGGCACUCGCUGGCUUAGGCGUCUGCCGCAGGUGCCCGUCAGGAAACGAACAAGACCCACGCAGCGCUGGCAGUGAGGACAAUAGUACAGCCUUCCUUUUGACUUACUUAAUCAUCAGUUAACAAGCACAUUUGAAGUCGUCUUAAUUUUUUUGUUUUGUUUUCCGUUGCCUCAGUACUUGUAAUUGAGCAGUUUACCAAUAGGGAUAAUCUCCCUGUCAAUCGUAUUGCAUGGUGCCUUUGACUGACCAAGGUGGUCCUGACAAAAAAAAAAAAAAAAAACAACAACAACAACAACAACAACAACAACAACAACACCCAUUUGCGUGACCGAACCCGUGACAAUCACUGUAGGCAUCUGCUCCAUUUCCCAGAGGGACAGGACUGUGUGGGCUGUGGAGGAAUUUCGGGAAACCCCGCGCUACCCUUGUGAGAGGUUCCUGCAGAAUCCUGAUCCUCUCCCCAAGCUCUGCACUCCCUUGUUAGCUGUGACAGGAGAAUCUCAUCUCCCCGGCCUUCUUGCUCUCUCUCUAUCAGGUGGUGUCUUCUUAAUGAAUGUUUUUACUGGUACGUUUAAUUUUCCUCCUCCUUUCGGUUACCUUGGCCUUCCUGUAAUACGAGGUGAUGGUUCAGUAUUGUAAACAUUUUGUAUUUAUGUCCGAAACACGGCAUUUAUUAUUUCAAUGAGAAUUGUUUUCAUCAUUUUAAUUUUCUAAACAAAUAAACAGCAAUGAAAGUGA